AUGAUUCAGAGGCUGCAAUGCCUGAUUUGUUUUGAUGCGUUUCCUCUGAAUGAAAGUGCGGCUGUACGUUGUGGCCACAUAUUCCAUCUACACUGUAUCUUGCAGUGGCUUGAGAGCUGUAAAACAUGUCCGGUUUGCCGAAAGAAGGCUACAACAAGGGAUCUUAUUCGACAGCUCUUUUUUCAAAUGGAAGAAAGUAAAAGCUUCAAUUCCGAUAGCAUUGAUCCACUCGAAAUGCAUAAUGAACUCCAGAAUGCCUUGAAUAAUCUCGAGAGGGAGAAGCAAGCUACCGCUAAAGCCAAAGAUGAAGCUAAUGUUUGUUUGGCUGCAAAUCUGUUAUUGAAGGAAAAAGUAGCAAAUUUGGAGUCGAUUUCUCGACUUAAUGUGCAGCAAAUCAAACAUUUGGAAGGCAUGCUUACAAAACAACUGGACACGGAGAAAGAGCUGCAGAAGUACAAGAGACGGUUGCAGGCUGCUGCAUUCUAUAAAUUGCUUAGUAUCAAAAAUGAUGAACCUGUUUUGGAAAUCGAUAAAUAUAUCGCCAACGAAGGAUUAGAAAUGAAGAGAUUCCUUGCCUUGCUUAGAAGACAGUUGAAAGAUGCCAUGAAGACAGUAGAAAAUCAAAAAGAAGAACUUCAAGAGAACCGGAAAAAAAUCAGUGAAUUACAGAAAAAACUAAGUGAACAUAAAAACCUCAAUGUAGCAUUGAAAAAAGAACUUUCUUCAUUUCGAGCAGAUCCUUCACAGACAUUAAUGAAUGCAACGCUUGAAGAAAUUAUUGCUUUCAGGCAGCAGUCAUUUUCACAAUUUGACGUGGAUGACUGUAAAGUAUUCCCAGCUUCACUUAUGGCUUCAUCAUGCAGAAAUACUUCCGGAAAUAAUGCUUUAGUGGAGAAGGUACAAGAGACAACGCCAAUUCAAAGCAACUUAAUGGGAAAAGUCUCGGAGAACAAGUCGCAAGCAGACAUUGAAAACGAUAUGGAAGAAGUUUUUGUGCCUCCUGUUAUUCGAAGGUGUGCUACUACAACACAAUUUCAUGGCGCUUCACGUAAAAUUCUUGCCGCAAAGCAUAAUCAAGUGAUCAGAAAUAGGGAAUCGCUGAAGAAGAGAAGUUCUUGCGUUUAUCAUCUUAAAAAAAGAGAAGUUCGAUGUCCACGAUUAUAUGAUUUGAAAAAUAAUGCUGUUACCGUAAACUAA